AUGGCAACAGUAACUUACCCAGUGUUUAGUGGCACUAACCCCAAGUCAUGGCUAGCUCAAUUGGAAAGAGCCAUGAAAGCCAAUGGAGUGGCAGACAACAACAAUGACAAACGCCUAGGAAUUGCUGCAUGCCAUAUGGGACCAUAUCAAGAAUGGAUAGAAUUGCAGCAAAUCACCAAAUGGGAUAAUGACAAUACUAAAAGAGAAGCCUUGGAAAUUGCAAGCAAGAGAAUGCAAAAACCUGGGGAACCAGUCGAAGUGUACAAAGCUGCAUUAGAAAUAAUCUGGCAAGAAUGCGAUCCAGCAGAAAUGACAGACAGAAUGAAGCUUAAGCUAUUCCUGAAUGGACUUAGCCCCAUGAUUAGAAUGUCAGUCAAACAGCAAGCACCAGUGGACAUUAAUGCAGCAGUAAGGUUAGCAAAGGUUCACUCCAGGGCAGUAAGAGAUGAAAUGAAACCAGAGGUAUCCUCAACAGCCAAAAUUAAUGAAGCAAUGGCAGGAGAGAUCCAAGAAUUGAAACAAAAGCUAGAACACCUAGAGAAAAGACCAAACCCACCUCCAGUACCAGAACACACCCAUCAAUCAAUUUCAAACAUCAUUUGCUAUUAUUGCCAUCAGAGAGGCCACAGACAAGCAGACUGUAAAAUGAGAGCAAUGCACAGACAACAAGGCAAGCAACUUACCUGGAACAGGCCGCGAUAA